AUGUCUUACUGGCUGUCUGCCUCUACUUCCAUCUGUAUCCUCAUCACUGUCAUCCUCUCAAUACUCUCAAUACUCUCAAUCCUCCCUCUCUUCCUCUCCCCCAUCCCCCGCCUCUUUGCCAUCCCCAACGCCCUCCCCAUCAUUGGCCAUCUCCAUCUACUGGGAGACGAUCACGCCUCCGUCUGCGAACGUCUCUGGCGCAAGUACAACCGCUCCGUCUUCCAGAUCCGCCUGGGGAAUACCACCGCCGUCGUCGUCAACUCCUUCCAGGACGCCCGUCGCAUCCUGCUCGCCCACCAGUCCGCUCUCAUCGAUCGCCCGACUCUUUAUACCUUCCAUGGCGUCGUCUCUUCCACCCAGGGCUUCACCAUCGGCUCCAGUCCGUGGGAUGCGUCCACCAGGAACCGUCGUCGUGCUGCGGGUGCUGUUCUCGCCAGACCUGCCUUGCGUUCCUACCACGACAUGUUUGACUUGGAGUCAUUCAGUUUGAUUCAAGAUCUCUACAAUUCUACAGGAGAAGGCUCUUCGCCUUCUUCAAUCGACAUCCGACCAUACAUCCAACGGCUGGCGUUAAACACCACCCUCACCCUCUGCUACGGCAUCCGCAUGCGAGGCGUCUACGACGAGCUGCUGCGCGAGAUCUUAGAAGUCGGUUCUGCCAUCUCCCUGCUGCGCUCCGCGUCAGAAAACUACCAGGACUACGUGCCCAUCCUGCGCUACCUGCCGGGUAACGAGAAGACGCAGCGCGCCAAAUCCCUCCGCGCACGACGCGACAAAUACCUGUCCUUCCUGCUCGACACGGUCCGCGACAAGAUCCGCCGGGGCACCGACCGUCCCUGCGUGUCGGCGGCGAUCCUCAAGGGCGAGGAAUCCGCCCUGUCGGACGUCGAGGUUUCGUCCAUCUGUCUGUCGCUUGUCUCGGGUGGGUUCGAAACCAUCCCCGCCACGCUGACCAGCUGUAUCGGCAGUCUCGCCACGUCGGAGGGGCAGAUCCUCCAGGAAAAGGCAUACGAGGACAUCCGCCGUCAUUAUCCAGACAGUCUGGCGGCAAUGUUUGCCGCGUCGUUUGUCGAGGAGAAGGUUCCCUAUAUCAACGCCCUGGUGAAAGAGGCGGAACGCUACUACACUGCUUCUGCGAUGAACCUGCCGCGCAAGACAACCGUCGACAUUACAUGGUCGGACAAGAACCAUGAUGCAGUCGUCAUCCCUGCCAAGACAAUGGUCUUGAUCAACCUGCAGGCUGCAAACCAUGACACUGACCAUUUCGGCCCCGACGCAGACCAGUUCAAGCCAGAGCGCUGGCUGGAGUAUCCCGAGAACGUCCCCGUCGAGAAGCCUCUGCAGGGACUCCCGCAUCUGUCGUUUGGGGCCGGGGCAAGAGCCUGUUCAGGCCAGCUGGUCGCCAACCGCGUGAUUUAUACCGCUCUGGUUCGCUUGAUCUCCUGCUAUCGCAUCGUGGCCAGUGAGUCGCAUCCCCCGAAUACGCAUUACGCAGAUUACAAUGCUGUCAAGAGCGCGCUGGUGGCUAUCCCGCGACCCUUCAAGGUGAGCCUGGUACCAAGGGAUGAGACGGAACUUCGGACUGUGCUGCGAGAGGGAGAAAUACGGACUGCCACAUAUUAUGUUGACUGA